AUGCUUCAGUCACUUUUCAAUCACUCAAUAUCUAAAAGUGUCAAAAUCUUAGACCCUCUCAAGUUUUUACCAAAAAUGGAUCCAUUAACACCAGAAGAAGCUUAUGUUAUUGAACGCAAAGGCACAGAGAGACCAUUCACAAACAAAUACUACAACUUCAAGGGUCAAGGAAAAUAUAUUUGCCGCAAGUGUGGAGCUACUCUAUAUUAUUCAAAAGAUAAAUUCGAAUCUGGAUGUGGAUGGCCAGCAUUCGAUGAUAAUGCUAAAGAUGCUGUAAUUCGCUUUAUUGAUGCUGAUGGUCACCGUGUUGAAAUUACUUGCGCUAAAUGCGGCGGCCAUCUUGGUCACGUAUUCGAAGGCGAAGGUUUUACAGCUAAAAACACAAGACAUUGUGUAAAUUCAAUCUCUAUUGUUUUUGUUCCAGAGAAUGAGCAGCAGUAA